AUGAAAGAUUUAACGAGCAUUGAUGGAGAUUAUAACGACGGGGUCUCAUAUCACGACUUGCAUAAUUACACGGUGAUAUACUUAUUGGCGUCCGCCUUGUGCGCGGCAGGAGCCGUGCACGUGUGGCGGCGUCUUCGUCGAGUGCGCAGCGUGGCUCUGCAGGCUCUGCCCCCGUGCACGCCUCGUCAGCAGCUUCAGAGUGCUAGUGUAAUUAGUGUAAAUGAGCUAUCGGAACCCGGUGAUAUAGAGCUCAGUGCAAUUUCAAGUGCGUGUAAACAAAACAGGGCUACAUCACCUAUGUUACGUGAAUCUAUUUUAAGUUAA